AUGGACGAGCCCCCGGUCGGAGCUGUGCCCUUCCCCGGCGCUCCGAGUGGGGGAAACGAGGCCGAGAGCCGGCCCGCCCCGCCGGAAGAGAGCGGCGGAGAGCCGGCGCUCGACCUGUUGGACAGCUGCGGGGGGUGCGGGCGGCGGCUCCACAACGCGCAGCCCAAGCUGCUGCCCUGCCUCCACUCGAUGUGCCGCCGCUGCCUGCCGGCCCCGCGCCGCUUCCUCCUCCUGCCCCCGCCCGGCCCGGACCCCCCGCCGGCGCCUCAGCCGCCCCUCUCGCCCGGCGCCGGCUCAUCUCCUUACCUGAACCAUAUUGGUGUUAUAUGUUGCCCAGUUUGUGGUCAGGAAUGCACAGAAAAGCAUAUUAUAGAUAACAUCUUUGUGAAGGAUAUUGCUGAGGUUCCUAGUAGCACAGUGGAGAAAUCAAAUCAGGUUUGUACAAGCUGUGAGGACAAUGCAGAAGCCAGUGGGUUCUGUGUGGAAUGCGUGGACUGGUUAUGCAAGACUUGCAUAAGGGCUCAUCAGAGAGUGAAGUUCACAAAGAACCAUACAGUCAGAGAGAAAGACGAUGUAUCUUCAGAGGCUGUUGGUGUAACUAGUCAGCACCCUGUGUUCUGCCGUUUUCAUAGAGAGGAGCAGCUGAAGCUCUAUUGUGAGACUUGUGACAAACUGACAUGUCGAGAUUGCCAGUUGCUGGAUCACAAACACCACAGGUACCAGUUUAUCGAAGAGGCUUUUCAGAAUCAAAAGGUGGUGCUCGAUACAUUUGUUGCGAAGCUGAUGGAGAAAAGUAACUACGUAAAGCAUACAGGCGAGCAGAUUCAGAACAGGAUCCUUGAAGUAAAUCAGAACCAAAAGCAGGUAGCGCAGGACAUUAAAAAUGCUAUUUUCACAUUGAUGAUCGAAGUAAAUAAGAAGGGGAAAGCUCUUCUACAUCAGCUAGAGCGUCUCACUAAGGAACACCAGGCGAAGCUGCUGCAGCAGCAAGAAGAGGCGGCUGGUCUUUCGAGGCAGCUGGACCACGUCAUGAACUUUGCAAAGUGGGCUGCUUCCAGCGGCGGCAGCAUAGCUUUGUUGCACAGCAAACGGCUGAUUACAUAUCGGUUGCGAUGCCUCCUUCAAGCAAGGUGUGAUGCCCCGCCGGUGUCUACCACCACCAUUCAGUUUCACUGUGAUCCCAAUUUCUGGGCCCAAAAUCUUUUCGACUUGGGUUCUCUGGUAAUUGAGGAAAAUGAAACCCCACCACCCGUGCCUGCAAUGGAACCAAACACACGGUCACAAAGUGGCUUCAAACCUUCAAAUCAGCUGUCCAAGUUCCCAACACAGUUCGUUUUCGCUCAACGGAAACUUCAGUACUUGCAACAGAGGCGGCAGCAGGCUCAACGGAAGUCAAGUCCCGGGGGUCUCCAAAAGCCUAGGAUUGCAGGGCCCAUGCACCAGACUUCUCCACCACCCCAGGAGCCCCCUCCUCUUUUGGUGAACUUUCAGAAUCAGAACCCCAAAUCGUACGACUCGGUUCCUUUCGAUAAGCCAGUGAGAGUUCUACAGAACCAGAAUAUGCCACAGCCAGGGGUCAGGCCCAAUCCACAACAGAUGGCAUUCAUGGCCCAGCAAGCUAUUAAACAGUGGCAAAUCCACGGUGGACAAGUUCCUGCUGCUCCCUCAAAUGUCAGCAGUGCUUCGUCAGCUGCCUCCAGUCCUGAUGGUGCUGUUGGAGACAAUGAAAAGAUGUCUACUACGCUUGUGAUAGAUCUGACCUUAGCAACAAAUGAUUCCUAUAUACUACCUCCUCUUCCUGAUAUUGAUUGUUCAGGAACCAUUUCCCUGGAUAGCGUUGCCGGGCAAGGUGGACUUUUGGAGCCGAGCCAAUCCCAACCACCUUCGUGCAAAACCGGCCAGUCCCUAAAUUCGUCAGUACCGUCUCCAGACCUUACAGGGCCCAUCAUUUCUGGCACCCACCCUCCAGCUUAUUCACCCGGUGCCUCCAGUGUCGGAAGCCAAAGCAGCUUGGGCCCCUCUAGCAGACCACCGGGUGCUGAUUCGACCCAGAAAGUCCCAGUUGUCUUGUUGAGGCCCAUCAGAAUCAAGCAGGAGUCCCGUGUGCCAAGUGAGAGCUGUGAUUUCCCGGUUGUCUUUGUGAAGCAAGGCACCGAUGAAGAAUCCCAGAAUCAAAAUAUCAGCUUUUCUAGUAAUUUAGCAAUCUCGUUGCUAUUGGAUAACGAUCAAAAUCACUGCUCUGAAGAAACAGUCUUGGGAACUGUCGCUUCAGACAGUACAGGUGACCAGGUGUCCGGUGGCUCGGGAAUGUGGAUUGGGACCGCUCACCCUGAAGACGGUAGAAAAGAUGAUGACCCCAACGAGGACUGGUGUGCAGUGUGUCACAACGGAGGAGAGCUCUUGUGUUGUGACAGAUGUCCUAAAGUGUUCCACCUCUCUUGCCACAUCCCCAUGCUCAGGAAUUUCCCAAGGGGAGAGUGGAUUUGCACAUUCUGCCGUGAUUUGUCCAACCCACAAAUAGAAUACGAUCGUGAUGACCUAAGUCAUACGUCCGAAGGAGAAAGAAAACUGGAUGGCAAUACGGGACUGUCUCCUUCAGAUCAAAGGAAGUGUGAAAGAUUGCUGCUGUACCUUUACUGCCAUGAGAUGAGCCUUGCUUUUCAAGAGCCAGUCCCGCCUACGGUGCCUUGCUACUACACAAUAAUUAAGAAGCCAAUGGACUUGUCAGCAAUCAAGAGGAGGUUGCAGGUUCAUCACCCGUUGUACAGAAAACCAGAAGAUGUUGUCGCCGAUUGCCGACUGAUCUUCCAAAACUGUGCUGCGUAUAAUGAGCCUGAUUCAGAAGUGGCAGAUGCUGGCCUGAAGCUUGAAGCCUAUUUUGAGGAACUUCUGAAGAACAUUUAUGGUGACAAAAUAUUCCCCGCCCAGCCCUGUUGCCACGCAGAUAGCAGCAGUCCAAACUUAACAGACCAGUCUGAUGACGACUGCGUGCGGCCCCCCAAAAAACGCCACAGAGGGGAAGAGUGGCAAUUUUUGAGCUAAAUUGGUUCUACGUGCUGCUGAGGUUUCUUAAACUUGAUAUUUGUCAGCAUCCGUAUUUAAAGGAAAUUUUACAGACUGCUUCUACAUCUGUGGCCCUUAACUGAGAGUCAUACUUUCCUGCGUAGUACGGAUCUACUAAGAACUGAAGCAUAUUGGAGACCUUACGGAAUGUCUAUAAAAUAUAUCCUGUUUAGAAGCUUGUUAAAUGAUAUCAGCUCUCGAGAGCGACUGUUAUUCAAAUCUUUUAUUUUAUUAAAAGUUGGAAAUGAA